CUGGUGGACCGUGUCAUGGAUGCCGCCUGCAAAUCCUACCUGGAACGGCAGUGCAUUCCGUACGCAGUGAACAGGGCACGGGAGACCAUACUCCAUGUGGUCCAGAUGAGAGUUGUGCCCCGGGAUGAGGGAGAACCUCACCUAGCAGAGGACCCCACGUGGGCGGAGGACGAGGAACCCUCACCUUGCCCGAUUGACACCUGGGCUGGAGGAGCCGUGCCCGUGCGGCGCGCGCCCUGCUCGGUGGAAAGGAAGUAGAACCAAGGCAAAGUAAGCCCCGCCCCAGCUCCUUCCCACCUCCCGCCCCCACCCCCGCCCCCGCCGCGUCUCUGUUCUCUUCAGUGCGUCUCUGGGCUGCUCCUGCCUUAGUUUCUCUGUCUCCUGUGCCCGCGUCUUGCCGUCAGUUUU